AUGAAGAAAAACAUUUUUUACUUUUAUCUAGGGCAGCAAGGAAAAUUCAAUGGUUUUCCAACCUUUAAUGGUGGAGGAAAAGGCACAAACUCUGUAUAUGGAGAAUCUUUUGCUGGAUCUGGUGGUGGAGCUAGUGAUAUGAGAUAUAUUUUUGGUGAAUGGAAUGAUACAGAAUCAUUAAAGUCGAGAAUCAUCGUUUCUGCUGGUGGUGCUGGGUCUGCAUAUUACGCUAAAUUUCUGCAAGGUGGGCAUGGGGGAGCAUUAACUGGCUAUUCAGGUACGCAAGCUAGAACUGCUUCAAAUUCUUAUCACUUAACUAAUUCCAUCGGUGCUACCAAUGUAUUAGGCGGAAUUUCCGGUUUGUCAAAUGUUAAAAGCCAUAAUUUGACUAUGAAUGGAUCGUUUGGAAUUGGCGCCUUACCUUAUGAUGUGAAUUAUGGGUCGGGAGGUGGGGGAGGUUAUUAUGGAGGAGGAGCAGGAAAUGUUGUUAAUGAUUGUGUUGGAUCUGGGUCAGGAGGAUCUUCUUUCAUCUCUGGUUAUAAAGAUUGUGAUGCUAUCGCAAAAGAAUAUACAUUAGCGAAUCCGAUACAUACAGGAACACCAUACCAUUACUCUGGUUAUGUUUUCUCAAAUCCAACCAUGAAAGAUGGUGUUGCAUCUAAAUAUACUGGCAAUGGCCAAGCUCGAAUUACCAUAAUCCAUGACUUUUUCCAUUUAAAAAAUAGCUGUAUGCUUUUAUACUCUAUGGCUCAACUUAAUUUUUAUUUCUUAAUCUUUAUCUUUAUUGACAGUUAG